CCAGCAUUCCAUCUGAAAUUGGAUAAGAGAUUGGAUCACCAUCACCAUGACCAUGGGCAAGAUCAUCUUCUACGAGGACAAGAACUUCCAGGGUCGUUCCUAUGAGACCAGCAACGACUGCGCUGAGGUCACCUCCUACCUGAGCAGGUGCAACUCCUGCAGGGUGGAGAGCGGCUGCUUCAUGGUCUAUGAGCGCCCCAACUUCAUGGGUCACCAGAUGAUGGUUAGGAGAGGAGAGUACCCCGACAACCAGCGCCUGAUGGGUAUGACCAUGAGCGACUGCAUCAGGUCCUGUCGUAACAUCCCCAGUUAUAGGGGCCAGUUCAGAAUGAGGAUGUAUGAGAGGGAGAACUUCGGAGGCCAGAUGCACGAGCUGAUGGACGACUGUGACUCCAUCCAGGAUCGUUACCGCAUGUCUGACUGCCAGUCCUGCAACGUGAUGGAGGGCCACUGGCUCAUGUACGAGCAGCCCCACUUCAGAGGCAGGCAGAUGUACGUGAGGCCUGGAGAGUACAGGAACCUCAGAGAGAUGGGAAACAGCUCCAUGAAUAGAUUCAUGUCAGUUAGACGUAUCACUGAUUCCUGUUAA